UCAUUUCCCCAAAAUAGCUUCAAAUCUCUCGCCUUCUCUCCUUCCCAUAUCAAAACUCCCAUCCUCUGAAUCCAGAUCUUCAAAACUAAACAACCUUAAUGGCGAAAAAGCAAGAACGCACUCCCUUACCGAAAGAAGACACCCCACUCAUUGGCGCCAAAACCGUCCCUUUAUCAUCACAACCAAAAACAUUCGCUAAUGUCUUCAUUGCCAUUGUUGGUGCAGGCGUUUUGGGCUUGCCUUACGCGUUUAAACGCACCGGAUGGCUCAUGAAUCUGCUCAUGAUCUUUGGAGUGGCCGCCUUGACUUAUCACUGCAUGAUGUUGUUGGUUUAUACCCGUCGUAAGCUUGAGUCUUAUGGUAAUGGGUUCGCAAAGAUUAAUUCUUUUGGUGAUCUGGGGUUCGUUGUCUGUGGUUCUAUUGGCCGUUUUGCUGUUGAUGUUAUGAUUAUUCUUUCUCAAGCUGGGUUUUGUGUUGGGUAUUUGAUAUUUAUUUCAAAUAGUUUAUUUGAUCUCUUUGAACAAAAGAGUAUAUUAGGGAUUUCAGCGAAGGGGUUUUUUAUAUGGAUGUGUUUUCCUUUUCAAUUGGGGCUAAAUUCAAUAGCAUCAUUAACCCAUUUGGCUCCUUUGAGUAUUUUUGCUGACAUUGUUGAUUUAGGUGCAAUAGGUGUUGUAAUGAUGGAAGAUGUGAUUGUUUUUGAGAAACGUAGGCCUGAAGUGCAGGCUUUUGCUGGUUGGUCUAUCUUUUUUUAUGGUAUAGGCGUGGUUCUUUAUACUUUCGAAGGGGUUGGUUUGAUUUUGCCUUUAGAAUCAGAGGCUGAAGAUAAGGACAAGUUUGGGAGAACCAUAGGGUUGAGUAUGGCUUUUAUUGCGGUGAUGUAUGGAGGUUUUGGUGCAUUAGGAUAUAUCGCUUUUGGUGAUGAAACCAAAGACAUUAUAACUGCUAAUAUGGGGCCUGGAUUUCUCACUGCUUUGGUAAAAUUAGGCCUUUCUAUAAAUCUGUUCUUCACAUUUCCUCUGUCCAUGAAUCCGGUCUAUGAGGUUGUCGAAAGGCGGUUUUGUGGCGGGGAAUAUUGCCUUUGGAUGAGAUGGGUGUGGGUUUUGGUGGUGUGUUUGGUGGCAUUGUUGGUACCAAAUUUUGCAGAUUUCAUGUCUUUGGUUGGGAGCAGUGUGUGUGUUGGAUUAGCAUUUGUUUUGCCUGCUUUGUUUCACUUCCUGGUAUUCAAGGGAGAAAUGGGGUGGAAGGAGUGGUGUUUGGAUGUAGGAAUUGUUAUAUUGGGAAUUGUUCUUGCAACUUCAGGAACUUGGUAUGCAUUAAAGGAGAUUUUAUCAGUGAAAGCAUGAAUAUCAACUGUGAAUUUGUUAUACACUAUACAUUUUUUUUGUCUAAGGCGUUGAGUUACAUGGAAUAUAUCGACUGUGAACUUGUUAUACA